AUGGCCGUCGCACUGGCGCGGAGCCUCCGCGCUAUGCGCUUCCCAGGUGCACGUAGCUUCGCUGUGGGCGUUUACACCCGCACCAAGCCGCACAUGAACAUCGGCACCAUUGGUCACGUUGACCAUGGAAAGACGACCUUGACAGCUGCCAUCACAAAGGUGAUGGCUGACGAAGGAAGAGCUGAGUUCAAGGCAUACGAUGCUAUUGACAAGGCUCCGGAGGAGAAGAAGCGCGGCAUCACCAUCAAUCAGUCUCACGUGGAGUACGAGACAGACAAGAGGCACUAUGGCCAUGUGGACUGCCCCGGGCACGCGGAUUAUGUGAAGAACAUGAUCACCGGAGCUGCGCAGAUGGACGGAGCGAUCCUGGUGGUGUCAGGCUAUGAUGGCCCCAUGCCGCAGACGCGGGAGCACAUCCUGCUGUCCAGACAAGUCGGCGUGCACGGAGUCUCGGAUCACUCGCACGAAGAGGGAGGGUUGGCCUUGGCAUCUUUCUCCCGAAGCAGAAAGAAUUGCGAAGCCGUUGGCUUCGACGCGGAACGGAGCCUCUUGGCCGUUCGCCGCGGAUAUCGAGCCAUGGCUACAUGUUUCCACCUCGUGGUGCGCUUUAGCCGGCGCGGCCAGGAGCAGCACUGGAGUUCCCAGCUCCCUGCGGGCGAUGGCCCGGAAGCAGCUCAGGACAUCCUCCAGGCCUUUGCGCGACAUGCAGGCUUCGCCUGUGAGAAGGUGGCGCUCUUCACCUUGCCGCGCCUGGCAUCCUUGGCCCAGCAGAAGCUGAAGCCGGUCUCCGGGCAGAGUCUGCAGGCCUUCUUGGAGCAGAGCUGCCGUGAGGAUCACGGUGUCUUCCAGCUCCGGGCAAAGUUCCAGACCUGCAGCGGCGAAGACUUCGCGCAGGUGGACUUGGAGUACCCGGGCACCGCUACCUCCAAAGCAGCGGCAGAGGGCCAGUUGGCGCCACCCAUCGUGAGCGAGCAGUACGAGCUGAGGAAGGACAGCACCGUGGCAGACUUGAAGCAGCAGAUGGGCAUCAGGAACAAGUUCCCAGCUUCGCGGAUUGUUCUGCUGCUGGGGUGCCGGCGCUUGUACGACGACUACCCCAUGAGCCGCGUGGCCGUAGCGGCGGACACCACGGGCACGCCCCUGCAGGUGCAUCUGGCCAUGGAAGGCGCUUGGGCCUUCCUGCGGCGCGAGGGCCAACUGCACCGCUGCCCUGCAGGUCCUUUGACCUUGAACUUACGGCUGCUCUUUCCCCACUGCGGGCCUUCAGAGCGGCCGGUGGCCUUCGAACAAGGCCAGGUCUUGGGAGAUCUGCGCUGGGCCCUGCAGAGCGUGUCGGGGCUGUCGCCGGCGCGGAGCCAGCUGUAUCUGGAGGACGUGGCUUUGUCCUCUGAGGAGGACGACCGCACCUUGGGCCAGCUUGGCUUUGAGGACGGCAGUGUGGUGGAGAUGCGCGAAGUUGCGCCCAGCAACAUGGGGGAUGUGGAUAUGCCCAUGGAUGUCCCGGCCACAGGGCCGGCGCAGCACUUGUACGACGGAGCGGCGGCGAAGCUCGGGGUGGACCCGGCACGGCUGGCGCUGUAUGCGGGCACGGAGCUGGUGAGCCGACACGCGGACUUGUCACAUGCGCCGAUCGCAGACGGAGUGGUGCUUUCUGCUUACAUCAGCCAAUCCCUGCAGCUCCCCAUCGCCGUGUUUCAGACAGAUCUCAGCGUUCCAGACCUCCUGCCGGUCCGCAGCUGCGACACCGUGGCGGAUGUUCAGCAGCGCUUGGUCACCCAGGCGGCGCAGGUGUCGGAGGCUCUGGAGCAGGGCGCGUUGGUCUUCGCGGUGGACAGCCGCGUUUGGGAGCAGCAGAGGAGCUCCUGCAAAAGCUUCGAAGACCUUGAGGAGCUGCUGGGGCACUGGGUGUCUUUGCCCUCCACCGCGCGCCUGAGCCGGCUGGGCAUGCUGAGCCUGGACGGGGAGGGCCGAUGCAGGAGCACCUGCCACCUGCUCUUCGUGCCCAAACAGAUGGUGCAGGUAGAGGUCCAGGUCCUUCCCACGGAGAUGGCGCUGAAGCUGCGUCUCAGCACCUGCCAUCGCUUUGGGGAGGUCACUGAGGAGCUGCGUGCGGCGCUGCGGGAGAGGAACCUGACCUUCGGGAGGUGCACCUGGAGUCUUCCCCAGGAAGCUGCGUCCAGCUCCACCUUAGCGGCGGCCAGCAAUUGGAUCUCCAAAAAGCGGAAGUCUUGGAGCAGUCCGUCCCCCGCCAAGCGACAGCGCACCUCCCUCGCGCAGGGCGAGCUGGCAGACACUCAAUUCGUGGGCGAUGCUCUGAAGAGCUCCUCCUUGACCCGGGACGACGGGAUCCCGCGGCAUUUCAAGUGCCCCAUCUCCUUGGACCUGAUCCGUGACCCCGUGAUGGUCUUUGGCAGCGGCAACACCUACGAGCGCGCCUGCAUCGAGACGCACUUGCGGUACAGCCACACGGAUCCGGUGACCAACAUGCCGCUGACCAGCCGCCAAAGCAGAUCCCUGGCCGCCAACAACCAGCUCAAGAGCCAAAUCUGCGAGUUCCUGGCCUCCCGCGUCCAGCUGCGCUGCGAGGCCCAUCUCAGCGAGCAGAGGAGCAUCAGCGAGUCCACAUCGAAUAUGGUGCAACGCUUCACGCUGGGACUGCCCAUGUACUUGCUGGCGCGCUAG